AUGCGGCCGCCGCCGCCGGCCGGCCCCGGCUGCCAGCUCUACCGGGAGGUCACGCUGGCGGUCGCUGACCUGCCGCCGAACGGGAUGGUUAUUCAGCACGAGAUCCGACAGCUCACGGAGACGGUCACCACAGAGAUAGCAGCUGCCGAGGCAGAGCCAACACCCACCGCCACACCAGCAGCAACGGAUCUGGCAGCCAGUGUUACAAACACAGCAACGGAACUGGCAGCCAGUGCUACAAACACAGGAACGGAACUGGCAGCCAGUGCUACAAACACAGUAACGGAUCUGGCAGCCAGUGCUACAAACACAGUAACGGAACUGGCGGACAGCGUCACAAACACAGCAGCCGAUCUGGCGGACAGCGUCACAAACACAGCAGCAGACUCCUCCGGAUCGGUGAGGCCCGCCAGCAACCCGACGAGUACGGCGGACACAGCAGGCUCCACAGCCACCCCGAGUACGGCGGACACAGCAGGCUCCACAGCCACCCCGAGUAUGGCGAGUACGGCGGACACAGCAGGCUCCACAGCCACCCCGAGUACGGCGGAUACAGCAGCGUCCACAGCCACCCCGAGUACGGCGGACACAGCAGGCUCCACAGCCACCCCGAGUACGGCGAGUACGGCGAACACAGCAGGCUCCACAGCCACCCCGAGUACGGCGGACACAGCAGGCUCCACAGCCACCCCGAGUAUGGCGAGUACGGCGGACACAGCAGGCUCCACAGCCACCCCGAGUACGGCGGAUACAGCAGCGUCCACAGCCACCCCGAGUACGGCGGACACAGCAGGCUCCACAGCCACCCCGAGUACGGCGAGUACGGCGAACACAGCAGGCUCCACAGCCACCCCGAGUACGGCGAGUACGGCGGACACAACAGGCUCCACAGCCACUCCGAGUACGGCGGACACAGCAGGCUCCACAGCCACCCCGAGUACGGCGGACACAGCAGGCUCCACAGCCACCCCGAGUACGGCGGACACAGCAGGCUCCACAGCCACCCCGACAGCCACCCCGAGUACGGCGGACACAGCAGGCUCCACAGCCACCCCGAGUACGGCGGACACAGCAGACUCCACAGCCACCCCGAGUACGGCGGACACAGCAGUCUCCACAGCCACCCCGAGAACGGCGAGUACGGCGGACACAGCAGGCUCCACAGCCACCCCGAGUACGGCGGACACAGCAGGCUCCACAGCCACCCCGAGUACGGCGGACACAGCAGGCUCCACAGCCACCCCGAGUACGGCGGACACAGCAGGCUCCACAGCCACCCCGAGUACGGCGAGUACGGCGGACACAGCAGGCUCCACAGCCACCCCGAGUACGGCGAGUACGGCGAACACAGCAGGCUCCACAGCCACCCCGAGUACAGCGAGUACGGCGGACACAGCAGGCUCCACAGCCACCCCGAGUACGGCGGAUACAGCAGCGUCUACAGCCACCCCGAGUACGGCGGACACAGCAGGCUCCACAGCCACCCCGAGUACGGCGGACACAGCAGACUCCACAGCCACCCCGAGUACGGCGGACACAGCAGGCUCCACAGCCACCCCGAGUACGGCGAACACAGCAGGCUCCACAGCCACCCCGAGUACGGCGAGUACGGCGGACACAGCAGGCUCCACAGCCACCCCGAGUACGGCGGACACAGCAGGCUCCACAGCCACCCCGAGUACGGCGAGUACGGCGGACACAGCAGGCUCCACAGCCACCCCGAGUACGGCGGACACAGCAGGCUCCACAGCCACCCCGAGUACGGCGGACACAGCAGCCUCCACAGCCACCCCGAGUACGGCGAACACAGCAGGCUCCACAGCCACCCCGAGUAUGGCGAGUACGGCGGACACAGCAGGCUCCACAGCCACCCCGAGUACGGCGGACACAGCAGGCUCCACAGCCACCCCGAGUACGGCGGACACAGCAGGCUCCACAGCCACCCCGAGUACGGCGAGUACGGCGGACACAGCAGCGUCCACAGCCACCCCGAGUACGGCGAGUACGGCGGACACAGCAGGCUCCACAGCCACCCCGAGUACGGCGGACACAGCAGGCUCCACAGCCACCCCGAGUAAGGCGAGUACGGCGGACACAGCAGGCUCCACAGCCACCCCGAGUACGGCGGACACAGCAGGCUCCACAGCCACCCCGAGUAUGGCGAGUACGGCGGACACAGCAGACUCCACAGCCACCCCGAGUACGGCGGACACAGCAGGCUCCACAGCCACCCCGAGUACGGCGAGUACGGCGGACACAGCAGGCUCCACAGCCACCCCGAGUACGGCGGACACAGCAGACUCCACAGCCACCCCGAGUACGGCGAACACAGCAGGCUCCACAGCCACCCCGAGUACGGCGGACACAGCAGGCUCCACAGCCACCCCGAGUACGGCGAGUACGGCGGACACAGCAGGCUCCACAGCCACCCCGAGUACGGCGGAUACAGCAGCGUCCACAGCCACCCCGAGUACGGCGGACACAGCAGGCUCCACAGCCACCCCGACAGCCACCCCGAGUACGGCGGACACAGCAGGCUCCACAGCCACCCCGAGUACGGCGAGUACGGCGGACACAGCAGACUCCACAGCCACCCCGAGUACGGCGGACACAGCAGGCUCCACAGCCACCCCGAGUACGGCGAGUACGGGGGACACAGCAGGCUCCACAGCCACCCCGAGUACGGCGGACACAGCAGACUCCACAGCCACCCCGAGUACGGCGAACACAGCAGGCUCCACAGCCACCCCGAGUACGGCGGACACAGCAGGCUCCACAGCCACCCCGGCAGCGUCCACAGCCACCCCGAGUACGGCGGACACAGCAGGCUCCACAGCCACCCCGAGUACGGCGAGUACGGCGGACACAGCAGACUCCACAGCCACCCCGAGUACGGCGGACACAGCAGGCUCCACAGCCACCCCGAGUACGGCGAGUACGGCGGACACAGCAGACUCCACAGCCACCCCGAGUACGGCGAGUACGGCGGACACAGCAGGCUCCACAGCCACCCCGAGUACGGCGGACACAGCAGGCUCCACAGCCACCCCGAGUAAGGCGAGUACGGCGGACACAGCAGACUCCACAGCCACCCCGAGUACGGCGGACACAGCAGGCUCCACAGCCACCCCG